AUGCAAAAGCCGUUCACAGAGUACAGUUUGAAGAAGGGCAAUGUCAUUGCUUUUCAUGGACAACGCUCCUACAUGACCAUGAUAAGCAAGGUAAAAUUGUCAACUUGUUUUUUGUUUGGAUUCUUAUAGAUUUUGGUGUUUUUAGCAUGAAUUGCAAUUUUAAAAUUUGAGUCGUAUAGUACCUUGUUUUAGAGUGACUUCUUUUUGAAUGGCCAGUGGUUUACGUCAGUCGAGCAUUAUUAUCAGGUGAGCUAUAUUGUUUUAGUUUGGUUCUGUUCUUUAUGAUAAUUUAAGUUGUAAUUUUAUAGGUAAUAAGAUAAAUGGGUUUCAGUACUUUUGUUUGUAAUGUUUUUGUGUCUUUCUGACGUUUGUUUUUAAUUAUAUUGUUUUAGUUCACGAAGCUGUGCGAAUUGUUGGACAGAAGAGCAGCGAGUUCUUUGAAAUUGGAAAAAGUCGACCCGCAUAUGAUCAGGUUGAAAGUGCGAAGUUUUGUAAAGUCGAGAAGGGUUGGACAACCUCAGAUUGACGAAUGGAAGAAUCGUCGUGCUCCCGCUGUUCUUUACGAUGCCAUCAAAGCUAAGUUUGAUCAGAACCCGCUUUUGAGGAAAAAGUUGAUGGAAACGGACAGGAAAGUGCUGGUCAAUACCUACAACGGGGACAGGUUUUUUACUUCCGGUUCUUCACAAUUUGUUUUCAUGCGGUGGUUGGAGACUCAGAACAAGUUGAUUCAGAUGCCAACCAAUCUUCAGUGCUUCAGUAGCAUAGAGUUUCCGAUUAUUCACCAAGGGCACAAUGUUCUAGGGUUUUUAAUGAUGGAGGUAAGGGUUUUUGAUUAUCUUUAGGUUUAUCUUAACGUUUUGUCGUUACUUGGUAUUUUUUCUUUUGUUUUAUAGCAAUAUCAGCAAUUGCCAAUGGUAAAAUGUUUAAGUUGGUUUUGAUUUUCACUAAGGAACAAAUUAAAUUUACUCUUGUUUCUGCGUCAUAAUACCUUGUUUUUAAACCUUAAGAGGAAUUUAAAGUAAGCUAUUACUUCUAUUUUCAGUUACGGGAUACGUAUCUCCGUCAGAUGGUGAACAGUUUGGUUCCCGUGCCACCUCCCCCGACGUUUGCUCCGCCUGUGUCGUAUGCUGGAGUUCAAAACAUGAGUAAUCCUGUCAAUCUGCGAAGACCGUAUUCAGUGAAGGUUCAACCUAUUGCGCUAAUCAAGCCUUCUGUGUACCUACAUACAUCAACGUACAAUUCUACAACGCUGAAAGCCCCGUAUGUGUCGUCUUUACAAAGUAAGCAAAGUACACAGUACGGUCAGAAUCCAGCGUAUGGCCAAACUACUGUACAAUAUGGACAACUUGCUCAACAGAAUCUUCAAUGUGGUGGCAGUUAUCAGUAUGGACAGAAUCCACAGUACGGUCAGAAUCAACGAGAGUCACCGUACGUACCGACGUCGCAGUACGGGCAGAAUGAACAGUAUGCUCCCACCCAACCCACAGUUCCUUAUCAACCAUAUCCAGUAAAGCAGCAGUAUACACCAACCUUUCCGGCUUUGUACAACCCUCCUGAGUAUCCAACAUUCAGUGGAGCUUAUAACUCUUUUAUGGCGUCUACUUAUUCUGUCACUGCUCCAGUGGAGCCUACUGGACCUAUGUUUAGUCGGUCGGCUCAGAAUCCGGCUAAAAAUUCAGUUUCGUUUAGCUAUGCUCGGUCCUAA